AUGCCGGUCUCAGUGGUCCCCAGAGAAGUCGUCCAAGCCGUCGAAGGCAGACAAGGCGUCGACUUUGCUACCGCUGUGCCCAAGUGUCCUCCCACGGCCGAGCGUCCUCAAGCAACCGACAUUGACGCCAUCAUCGACAGGCCUAGCGUCGCUCGCGCGAACCUGGCUGUCUCGACAGAGCAGCCCCAGGGCAGUCCCGAAUAUGUCGACACUCUGAACCUCGAGGACUAUACCGUCCUCCAACAACACGUCAUGUUCUGGGACCGCGACGACGACGGCCAGAUCUGGCCCCAAGACACCUUCAUGGGCUUCUAUGAGCUGGGUUUCAACCUGUUUUUCUGCGCUUUGGCGACACUCAUCAUCAACCUCAAUUUCUCGUACCCGACCCGCCUUGCCUACUCCUACUUCCCCGACCCCUUCUUCCGGGUAUACGUACCAUCCAUCCACAAGGCCAAGCACGGCUCGGAUUCGGGAACGUACGAUAAGGAAGGCCGAUUCAUCCCGCAAGCAUUUGAGGACCUGUUUAGCAAGUUUGACAGGGGCAACAAGGCUGCACUGUCCGCAGGAGAGCUCUGGAACAUAAUGUCGACCAAUAGGGUUGCUGUGGACCCGUUUGGCUGGUUUGCGUCCGUCUUUGAGUUUGGCGUGACGUUCUUGUUGGUGCAGAAGGAUGGAAAGGUGGAUAAGGAGGACCUGAGGAGGAUCUAUGAUGGUUCCAUAUUCUGGAAGAUCAGAGACGCCUAUCGCUCGGACAAGGGAUGGAACAAGGGCUUCGGCUUCCGCGAGUUCUUCAACCUCGGCCGGGAAGAGCUGGCCAAGAACAGGAGCAGAUUCCCGUUGUUGGACGGCGUUGUGAGCCAGGUUGAGAAGACGUUUCCGCAUAAGUUGCGCAAGGCCUAA